AUGCCUCAGAAGCGGCAGGCUGCCAGCAUCCUUCUUCUCACAUUCCUGGGUCUGUCUGGGCUGGUUGGCGCAGUUACCAGGACAUACCACAUUGGGAUUGUGGAAGAAUACUGGAACUAUGUUCCCCACGGGAAGAACAUUAUUACUGGGAAAAGUUUCGCAGAAGACAAGCUUGCAACCUUAUAUCUGGAAAGAGGGCCCAACAGGAUAGGAAGUCUUUACAAAAAGGCUGUUUACAGACACUACACAGAUGAGACCUAUUCCAAGGAGAUCCCCAAGCCCCCCUGGCUUGGAUUUUUGGGCCCCAUCUUGAAGGCUGAAGUGGGUGAUGUGAUCGUCAUCCAUUUAAAGAACUUUGCGUCCCGCCCUUACUCUUUGCAUCCACAUGGCGUUUUCUACAACAAGGACUCAGAAGGAGCCCUGUAUCCAGAUGGAACAUCUGGAAGGAACAAGGAUGAUGACAUGGUUCCUCCUGGCAAAAACUAUACCUACGUCUGGCCAGUGAGUGAAGAAUAUGCUCCUGCCCCAGCAGAUGCAAACUGCCUGACUUGGGUAUACCAUUCACAUAUUGAUGCCCCUAAGGACAUCUGUUCUGGGCUAAUUGGCCCACUGCUAGUGUGCAAAGAAGGUAUCCUGCACAGUUAUUCAGGAACAAGGACUGAUGUAGACCGGGAGUUUGUUAUAAUGUUCACUCUUGUGGAUGAGAAUCAAAGCUGGUACCUGGAUGAAAAUAUCAGACAAUUCUGCACUGAUCCUGAUUCAGUUGACAAAGAAGAUGCUGUUUUCCAAAGAAGUAACAAAAUGCACGCACUCAAUGGAUACCUCUUUGGAAACUUCCCUGAACCUGAUAUGUGCGUUGGUGAAUCAGUGUCCUGGCACCUAUUUGGGAUGGGGAAUGAGAUAGACAUCCAUUCCAUCUAUUUUUAUGGCAACACCUUCAUCAGUAGAGGGCAUCGGACUGAUGUUGUCAACCUGUUCCCAGCCACCUUCCUGACAUUAGAAAUGAUAGUUGAGAAUCCUGGAAAGUGGAUGAUAACCUGCCAAGUCAGUGAUCACCUCCAAGCUGGCAUGCUGGGGCAAUACAAUGUUGGUAACUGCAAAAGUGGUAUUUCUCAGCCCAAGAUGAAGGGUCAACAGAGGCGCUACUUUAUAGCAGCUGAAAAAAUUCUUUGGGAUUAUGGUCCUCAAGGCUAUGACAAAUUCAGCGGUCUUCCCCUAAAUGCCUCUGGCAGUGACUCUGAGCUCUACUUCAUACAAGGGGACAACAGAAUAGGAGGGAAAUACUGGAAGGCUCGGUACACAGAGUAUGUUGAUGCAACUUUUACUCGAAGAAAGAGAUUCUCUGAGGCAGAAGCCCACCUUGGAAUUCUGGGUCCCGUCAUCAAGGCAGAGGUGGGUGACACUCUAUUAGUGACAUUUGCCAACAAAGCUGACAAGGUCUACAGUAUUUUGCCCCAUGGUGUGAUCUAUGACAAAGCUUCUGAUGCAGCCCCAAACGUAGAUGGAUUUCUGAAGCCAGGGGCACAUGUUAAGCCCGGUGAGAUCUUCACAUACACAUGGACGGUGCCUGAAAGUGUCAGCCCAACAGCUGAUGACCCACCCUGUCUGACUUACCUUUACUUCUCAGCCGUUGAACCGAUCAAGGACACGAGCUCAGGCCUUGUAGGGCCUUUGCUAGUCUGUAAAAGGGGUGUUCUCAAUGCUGAUGCAACACAGAAAGGAAUAGACAAGGAAUUUUACCUACUAAUCACAGUCUUUGAUGAGAAUCUGAGCAGGUAUCUUGAUGAAAAUAUUCAGAAGUUUACCUGGCAUCCCUUCAGCGUUGACAAGGAGGACAAAGAGUUUGUGAAGUCCAACCGAAUGCACGCUAUUAAUGGCUACAUGUAUGGCAACCAGCCAGGCCUAACCAUGUGCAAAAAGGAUAGAGUCUCCUGGCAUCUGAUUGGAAUGGGCACCGACACGGACAUGCAUGGAGUUUAUUUUCAAGGGAACACCAUCCACCUACGAGGGACUCACCGGGACUCCCUGGCCCUGUUUCCCCAUGUCUCCACAACGGCAUUCAUGCAGCCAGACCGUGCAGGCGUCUUCAGGGUCUUUUGCUCCACCCUGCACCACUUGGCGAGAGGCAUGCAUCAGAUAUAUGAGGUCAGCAGCUGCGGCAAUAAGGACCCUCCUGAGCAGCCCUAUGGGAUGAUAAGAACCUUUUACAUCGCCGCUGAAGAGGUAGAAUGGGAUUAUGCCCCUAACAAAAACUGGGAGUUCGAAAAGCAGCACUUGGACGCAGGAGGGGAAAGACACGGAGAUAUAUUCAUGAACCACACUGAAAACUGGAUCGGCUCUCAGUAUAAGAAAGUGGUUUACAGGGAAUACACCAAUGGAGAAUUUGUGGAGCUCAAAGCUCGACCGCCACAAGAGGAGCAUUUGGCACUCCUGGGCCCAAUGAUUCACGCCGAGGUGGGGGACACCAUCCUGAUCAUAUUUAUGAACAAGGCCAGUAGGCCCUACUCCAUCUCAGCCCAGGGUGUGGAGGACACGGAUAGUGGGAAGCGGCUCCAAGUGCCCGUCACAAAGCCAGGAGAAAUAAAAACCUACAGAUGGAAUGUCCCUAAAAGGUCCGGUCCAGGGCCAUCUGACCCAAAUUGUAUUCCAUGGGUUUACUAUUCAACAGUAAACUUUGUGAAGGAUACAUACAGUGGUUUGAUGGGUCCUCUGAUUACAUGCAGAGAAGGAGUGUUGAAUGAAAAGGGAAGAAGAAGCGACGUUGAUUAUGAAUUUGCUCUCUUGUUUUUGGUAUUUAACGAGAAUGAAUCCUGGUAUCUGGAUGACAAUAUUAAGAAGUAUCUUAAUAAAGAUCCACGAGAUUUUAAGCCCUCUGAUGAUUUUGAGGAGAGCAACAAAAUGCAUGCUAUUAAUGGGAAGAUUUUUGGGAACCUUCAUGGACUCAUCAUGAAUGAAGACACAAUGACCAACUGGUACCUGUUAGGAGUAGGAGAUGAAGUGGACAUACACACCAUUCAUUAUCAUGCUGAGAGCUUUCUUUUCAAGAUAGGUAAAUCUUAUCGAGAAGAUGUAUAUGACCUCUUUCCAGGGACAUUCCAAACCAUUGAACUGUUUGCAGAUCACCCAGGGACGUGGUUGUUACAUUGUCAUGUGUCUGACCAUAUUCAUGCUGGCAUGGAGACAACCUACACAGUCCUUCGAAACAUAGACAACAGGAUUCCAUACUCCACCAAGUCUCCUUCCGGAGGUGCAUCCGGAUCCGCGCCCUCUAACGAACCCGGCAAGGAGCAGCUCUACUUCUUUGGCCAGAGUCUGGAUCCCAGAGGAGCCCGAGCAGCCUUGGUCGUCCUCUUCGUCCUCGGCCUCCUCCUCCUGGUCCUCUCGGUGGUCCUCUCGUUCAAGCUGUGCUCCGCGAGGCCGCGGGCGGCGUACUUGGAGGUCCAGUCCUGCGCGCUCCCCACCGACGCCCUGUGACCCCCGCGUCCUCCGCAGGGAGACAGAACAGGGCACCGCUCCCCGAGGACCCUGCCGCUGCUUCCCGGGUCAGGCUCCGAUCCUCUGGAACAGAUUCAAAGCAAUGUGCUUUUCUUUAUUUAUUUUUAAAGGGGCUGUGAAUAAUCCUCAGGUAUAAAAUAGAAAAAGAAGAGUGGGCAUGACUGAGAAAGCAGACCCAGUCUGUUCUCUGAAUGAGCUCGUCGAAGUGCAAAGACCCUCUGAAAGAUACAUUUAUUUUCCAUCUUUCAUAAUUCCUAGAUUAGACAGUGCUUCCUUACCAUCAAAGUCUCUAUAGAUGGCCAGUUUCAGGAAAGAGUUACACUGCCUCAGACAUCUAACUGGAAUGGCACUGAUUUUUCAUCUCUGUUAUGGAAGAUGCUUCCCUUAGUGGUUCCAGGAAAAAUAACGUUCUGGGGUGUCCCUGAAAAUGUCUAAAUCAGUAUCUACUGAUAAAAUUUGACCAAAAGACUUUUUUGGAGGCUUUAGCCAGCUCCCCUGGCCUUCUCCCUUUUAAUAUAAAUAGCCUGUGCACUGUUUGCUA